AAGGUAUUUGUAGCAUGGGAGAUAAAAGCAACAAUGGGCCUGCUGAUUCCUCCAUACCAAGUCCAAUCUGGAGGGUAUAGCAAGGGUUGAGAAUCAAGGAGAAAACAAAGCAUCAAAAAUGUAUUCUCAUAAACACAAAUGAAUUUGGUUUCUUUCAUAGGAUACAAAGUAUAUAAAUUAGUAGAAAUUAUUUUUUAAAGUUUUCUAAAAUUAUUUCAUUGAAUUUUAGAAAUUUGGGACUAUAGUUAAAAAGAUGAUUAUUUAGAUACCCUGUACAGGUGGUCCUCAAUGUACGGCCACAAUUGAGCCCAAAAUGUAUGUUGUCAAGUGAGAAAUUUGUUAAGUGACUUUUGCCCCAUUUUACAACUUUUCUUGCCACAUUUAUUAUUGGAGAUUUUUUUUUCAUUAUUAAAGUACUGGCUGUUUCUGUUCAAAAUUUAAAAUCUCAUAAAAUGAAACGGAGGAAUGUUUUAGAAUUAUAAUAUUCUGUAUUUGCCAAGUGUGAUUGGACACAAGGAAAUUGUCUGCAGUGCAUAAGCUCUCUAUACAUACAAUCAACAAAGUAACAAAUCAUAAGAUACAGUAAUAAAUCAUAAAAUACAACGAACAAAAUGAUAGUCACCAAUAGGAGUAGGUAAUGGGAAAGAUGAGAAGGAUAAUAGUAAUACAGUCCUACUACUUGGUUGGAUAUUCCUAGGCGUAAGACAGUGCUGUGGGAAUUAAGUGUAAUGGCAUGGGUGAAAAACUCUAGUUUUGGCAUGCAAUGCUCUAUAGUGACGUCUUGAGGGGAGGAGUUGAAACAGUUUAUAUCCAAGAUGUGAGGGGUCUGUAGAUAUUUUCCCAGCUCUCUUUCUGACUCAUGCAAUAUACAGGUCAGUGGAAGGCAGGCUGGUUGCAAUUGUUUUUUCUCCAGUCCUAAUUCUAUUGAAAUCUCUACCUUAUUAUACCAAUCAGGCAGUUAUAGAAGUACAAAUGACAAACUCAAUUCUUCUGUAGAACAGUAUUGGCAGCUCCUUGGGAAAUGUGAGUUGGUACCGGAAGAACAUUCUUUGUUGUGUUUUAGUCCUAAUGUUAGGUAUCCAUUUCAAGUCCUGAGAGAUUAUAGAACCCAGAAACUUGAAGGUUUCUACUGCUGAUACUGUGUUGGUGAUAGAAUAGGAGGGCUCUUAAAAUCUUCUAUCAUGUAGAGUUUUAAGUGUGUUCAGUUCUAGAUUGUUCUGGCUUCACCAGAGAGACAGUUUAACUAGUCAACAUUAUACAGCUGAUAACUGUUUCUCAAUCAUUAGUCUAAAUCAUUAUUAAUGAAAUGCUGUUUUAAAGCACUAGAGAAAAUGUGUCAAAUUACAUAUAACUUUUCUCACUAGGUGGCAUUAUUGCUAUGAUUAUUAAAAAUGUCCUUUAAAAACAAAAUUGCAGCCAGAAAUAGAUGUGUGAGAAGUACAGGAGGGCAAUUUUUAAAACUUGCAACUCAGUGUGAUAGCAUCAAGUCUGAGCACUGCAAAAUACACAUUUCCUGGUAAUCAGCACCUUCGGUCACCAGGGAAGGAACAGCCAAGAAGGCCUCUAGAGGAAAAGUAAAAAGAACUUUUGCUAUCUGGCCUCCGCAGAAGCCUGUAUUUUGCAAAGGGGCUCUCACUGGAAAGCCAACCACCAACCACACGGACCUAAAAGGACUUAACAGGGCUCAGUUCAAACCAUGGAAAUUACAUUACUAUUCUGUAUAGAAGCCUGUUGCAGUGCAAUACCUCAUCAUAACACUCCCACACCCCAGAAACCUUGUUUCAUAAUCCCCUCACAGAUUUUAACACACACACACACACCUCACACCAUAUUCCAUUACCUAAGCUAAGGGAGUACUAGACAACUAGUCCUACCCAGUAUAAAUACUAAUAAUGCUACAUAAUAUGGAAAGGUGGUUAAACCUGUCCCCAUGGUGCUUUUUCAAGAGGCAACUGGACUUGCUUGAUUUUUCCUUUGAAGACGUUUUGCUUCAGUUGCCUCUUGAAAAAGUCAUGACCGGGAGAACUUGAGAAUCUCCAUAGACGGUAUUAAAUCUGAUACCACCGCCAUCCCAAGAUUUUGGGCACGUGACCAUUCUGCUUCAUCUUACACCGCUCCCUUGAGCCACGGACUGCAAUUCGCCCCUCGAUUAAUAAUCCCAUGGGAUCAUUUGCCGUUGAUGGGAGCCCAGCGUCUUGCGAGCCUGUGCACGACCCAGGGACGGGGAAACCCGCGAACCGUAUCCAAAACCCAACCAGGGGAUUGGAGGGAAAAGCGAAGACGGGAAAAGGAAAGACGCCCCGGGAAGAGUCCUGGCCACUUUUUGAGCACUCCUGCUUGUGUUGCCGGUUGCCUUUUCUAGUUGAAACCGGAGCGGCGGGCAGAAAAGAGACGCCAAAGUGGGAGCGUUUAGGUUUUUUUUUCUCUCCGAGCGUGCGAGAGACCGAAAGAAAGAAAGAAAGAGGCACCUGAUGAAUGAAAGCUCCGCCUCCGCCCCUUUAAGAGAGCGGCGGGUUAUCUUUCUCGACCACUUGAAGCCCGAGGGCGGCUCGCCAAAGGUGGGAGCGCCGCGAUGGAAGGAGAUAGACUCGAGCUCCGCUCCCUCUCGCCGCCCGGGCUUCUCCUCUCGUCCUUCGCGCGCGCAACAUGACUUUCCGCGGGUUUUAUGGGGGCCGCCUCAACUCCACUCCCUUCGCCAUGGCCUCCCUCGACGCCGCUUGGAGCCGGGAGAAAGGCAACGGCAGCGGGACCUUCGCGGAGCAAUGCGCCUCCGUCUCGGUGGCUUUCCCUUUGACCAUGAUGAUAACGGGCAUGGUGGGCAACGGCCUGGCCAUGCUGCUAGCCUACCGGGCUUACCAGAAGAAGGAGAACCAGCGGAAGAGGCCGUUCUUACUGUGCAUUGGUUCUCUGGCCCUGACGGACCUCGCCGGGCAGUUGCUGACCAGCCCCGUGGUCAUCACAGUGUACUUGGCCAAUCGGAAAUGGCGGGCGGUGGACCCUUCCCAGGGCCUGUGUACCUUUUUUGGCUUGGCCAUGACCGUUUUUGGCCUUUGCCCUCUCUUCAUCGCAAGUGCCAUGGCUGUGGAAAGGGCCCUGGCCAUCCAGGCCCCCCACUGGUACACCGGCCACAUGAAGACCAGGUUGACCAAGAUGGUACUGCUUUGUGUGUGGCUGACUAGUUUUGCCUUUGCUCUCUUGCCCAUGAUGGGCAUUGGGAAGUAUACACUUCAGUGGCCGGGCACUUGGUGCUUCAUCAGUAUGAAGGAUCAUGAAAAUGCCAGGGUGGGCAAUGCUGUUUUUGCUUCUACGUUUGCUUUCUUGGGUCUCUUUUCCCUCGCUGUUACUUUGGCAUGCAACAUGGCAACUAUAAUUGCACUGGUGUGUCGCUGCUGGUCUAAGAGCUCAACAUCCCGAUCAAGGAAGCAGUGGGGCAGGAUUACCAUGGAAACCUUUAUCCAGUUGCUGGGAAUCAUGUGUGUCCUCCUUGCUUGUUGGUCCCCACUUUUGGUGACAAUGUUGAAAGUGACUUUUAACCCCAACCCUAUGAAUCAAUGCAGAGAAUCCUGUAACCAAACCCAAAGUACAGAACAGCAGCCAGAAUGCAACUUCUCCUUAACCCAUAUCCGCUUGGCUUCACUGAAUCAGAUCCUGGACCCCUGGGUUUACUUGCUGCUUAGGAAGAUCUUCGUGCAGAAGUUUUGUCAGGUAGCCCGGGCCAUUUCAUGCUACUCUCAGGACAAAUGGAAAGGGCAACGUAUCAUUUUACCCAACAAAAUCAGACGCACAACAGUUUGAAUCAACUUUCAUAUCGAUACUUUCUUUUAGCUCAAGUGUUUUCCUUACUGUGAAUCUCGGCAUCCAGCACAUGUCCAUUUGUGUCUGCAAAUUAAUUGCGGGGAAGUUAAGGUUAAGUGGAGUUCUUUUUUUAAUUCACCAAUUUAAAUUUAUCUAAGCAGGGGUAAAGCUGAUUAGAUGAAGGCUACAGACUAGGGUUUUUAAAAAAUGGUAGAAGAUGGCCAUAGCAAAUCAGUUCUUGAAUGCUUCCAAGAAAAUUGCGUGUCCAUGAAAUCACCAGCAAUUAAAAUAAUUCUGGUAAUC